CUAAUAUGGCUGAAGGAUGGGGAACACUCCUUAUGAACAUACAGACAGCCUCGCUAGUGAGCAUGGGGACAAACACGAAGAGUAUAUAAGGUCUCCAUGGGUCAGUCAGCCGUGACUGAUCGGAUCCACUAGCGGUUGUGUUCUGCACUGAGCUUCAUCACAGAAAGAAUCCAUAAAGAUGUGUGACGACGAAGAGACUACCGCCCUUGUGUGCGACAACGGUUCAGGCCUGGUCAAGGCUGGCUUUGCCGGAGAUGACGCCCCCAGAGCUGUCUUCCCCUCCAUCGUUGGUCGCCCCCGCCACCAGGGUGUCAUGGUGGGUAUGGGUCAGAAGGACUCAUAUGUAGGAGAUGAAGCUCAGAGCAAGAGGGGUAUCCUCACUUUGAAGUACCCCAUCGAGCACGGCAUCAUUACCAACUGGGACGAUAUGGAGAAGAUCUGGCACCACACCUUCUACAACGAGCUCCGCGUCGCCCCUGAGGAGCACCCAACUCUGCUGACUGAGGCCCCUCUUAACCCCAAGGCUAACCGUGAGAAGAUGACCCAGAUCAUGUUUGAGACCUUCAACGUCCCAGCCAUGUAUGUGGCCAUUCAGGCUGUGCUGUCCCUGUACGCUUCUGGCCGUACCACUGGUAUUGUGCUGGACUCUGGUGAUGGUGUGUCCCACAAUGUCCCCGUUUAUGAGGGUUAUGCUCUGCCCCAUGCCAUCAUGCGUCUGGAUCUGGCCGGUCGCGAUCUGACUGACUACCUCAUGAAGAUCCUGACCGAGCGUGGUUAUUCUUUCGUCACAACUGCUGAGCGUGAGAUUGUCCGUGACAUCAAGGAGAAGCUGUGCUAUGUGGCUCUGGACUUUGAGAAUGAGAUGGCCACUGCCGCCUCUUCCUCUUCCCUGGAGAAGAGCUACGAGUUGCCCGACGGCCAGGUCAUCACUAUUGGUAACGAGCGUUUCCGUUGCCCAGAGACCCUCUUCCAGCCUUCUUUCAUUGGUAUGGAGUCUGCUGGAAUCCAUGAGACCGCCUACAACAGCAUCAUGAAGUGCGACAUUGACAUCAGGAAGGAUCUAUAUGCCAACAAUGUCUUGUCAGGUGGUACCACCAUGUACCCAGGUAUUGCUGACCGUAUGCAGAAGGAGAUCACUGCUCUGGCCCCCAGCACAAUGAAGAUCAAGAUCAUUGCCCCACCUGAGCGUAAAUACUCUGUUUGGAUCGGUGGCUCCAUCUUGGCUUCCCUGUCCACCUUCCAGCAGAUGUGGAUCACCAAGCAGGAAUACGAUGAGGCAGGCCCCAGCAUUGUCCACCGCAAGUGCUUCUAAAUCCAUCAUCUGCAUCUGUUUGCUGUGGAAUAUGCAAUAAUGGAGUAUACAUUCAUCGUUAUGGGACAGCUUUGGUACAGAUUUAUUUUGUACCCAAGUGGUACUCGAUGAACAUACCCUGGAUUACCAUACAGGAACACGAAGAGGCAGGCCCCAGCAUUGUCCAGACAGACACGAUCAAGAUCCAGAAGACCAUUAUACCAUGUUAUCUAUCACAAGACUGUAAUCUGUACAUAACUAGUCAUUAAUUUAUUAAAGUCCAUUAUUUGGUAUUUGGUUUUUGAGUCGUGUUUGUGUUAAUAAAUCGUUUGAAUUUGAAA